AUGACAACUCCACAGGACGUUGAACAACCAAUUGAUACUGACGGAGUUUCAUUGGACCAUGAGACGCGAAGAACCUCUACUCUACUUUUUUGCAGUAGCAUUAUCCUUGGUUCUUCGAAGCUGCAAAAGACAGACAACGUCCUGACAGCCAUUUCCAGUAUACAAUCACACGUCACACCCUAUGGCCCCUCAGCUUGUGGUACAUGUGAUUGUACUAGUGUUCCUCAAGAUCUCCAACAGAAACCAGGACAGUCCUACACCUCACCAUAUAACACCAGGGACGUGGGAAUUCUAGACGACUGGGUGAAGAGUCUGGCUGGUGAAACACUAGGCAGGGACACAAAUCUCAUCCUAGAUGUAGGUUCCUCCACCAACCCAACAAGCACUUUUGAAGCAACACUCCACACUGCAAGCCAAUGUGUUGAUGCCCUCAAGACAGUCUGGAGGGAAGCUGAGCCUCAUCGAACUCUACAGCUGGCACAAGCUCUGUAUGAUCUUGAAAAAGUGCGUUCUGAGCUGGGUGAAGUCAAGGAAACGUUGGACACUUAUGGUAAGGGGAUCUACGCUUAUCAGCUGGAGAGCGAAAGUCUGAGGGAUGAGAACGAAAGUCUGAGGCAUGAGAUGGAAAGUCUGAGGAAUGAGACCGAAUGA